AUGAAGCUUGAUGAGUGGCGGCCAUCGGAGACGUACUUCUACGACUACAUUGAUCUAUCGGAUAACGAGAUAAAAGGUAGCCCGGUCCAACUGCUGAACCAGACCGAAUUUUUGGCGGGUUUUUGGGCGUCCUUUAAUCGGAUUCGGUUCCCUAUGGAGAGGUUAAAGAUUCCAGAGUUGUUGCAGUCCUUGGACCUGUCAAGAAAUUUAAUACAUGGGACACUACCAAAAAACAUUUCUGGGCUUCAACAAUUGAAUGUAAGUCACAACCAUUUGUGCGGUCCGAUACCACCAACGAAUUUUUCGGCAAGUGCAUUUGUCGGAAACGACUGUCUAUGUGUUCUCCAUUGCCACCCUGCAAAAAGUGAGCUUGCGUGCACGCCUGCAUGCGUACGCAGUUUUCUUUUUCCAUAUAUAUGA